UCAAAUCCCAAUAUCAGUGUAACGUUGUGUUGCAGACGUUGGGGAGGAUCUCCUGAGCAUGUGUCAGAAGAACGUGAUGUUAAACAGACACCUGAUGGAACCUGCAGGUGGGGAGGUGCGAGUUCGUCUACUGGACUGGCUCAGACACGAUCUCUGCACAGACGCUGAUGCAGAGUUUGGAUGGACAGAGGAUGAAGUGGCAGAUCUCCAUGACAACACAACAAUUAUCAUUGCGGCUGACGUGUGCUACGAUGACGAUCUGACAGACGCGCUGUUCCGAACUCUGUACAGAAUCUGUAACAACCUCCGUCUCCCCUGUACUACAUACCUGUCUAUAGAGAAGAGGCUGAACUUCACUCUGAGACACAUGGACAUAUCAUGCGAGGCCUACAACCAUUUCCGCCACUGUCUGUGUGAGAUGCAGGAGCUAAGGGACGGACGGACAUGCUUCACAGUGGAGCAGGUCACACCCUCUUUCCCACAGUGCCUGCUGUAUGAGCGCAUAGAGCAACUGGAGUUGUGGAAAGUGACAGCGGUGCCUGUCUAACCCUCUGAGGAGCUGACCUGCUCCUAGACCUGCUCCUAGACCUGAGACAUGGCGUUUUCUGAUCUUUGACCUAGUGUUUUCUGAACCUCUUGUGGUCCGUGUUGAGAAGAAGGUAUUGAUAAAACAUAUAGAUUAUUUAGUGAAUUAAUAGCAGUCAUUUCAAUCAGGGCAGCUGGACAGCGGUGAACAAAGGCACUAGGAAUGAUCUCUGUAAAUGAACACACUUGUUAAAUAAGAUGUUUUUAAUCUCAGACCAGGGGGUUGUGAUAUAGAUAUUCAGUAUAAUCUCAUUUACUUGCUGUUAGAUUGAAGUGAACCGAUGAAAUGGGACAGCCCCACAGCCUCUGAAUGUUUUGUUCCUUUGUAAAUGAUGAGUGAUCCGGUAAACACUGACCUAGGAUGCAUCCCAAAUCGUAUCCUAUCCUCAAUAUAGUGCACUACUGUAGACCAGAGCCCUAUGGAGGGUAGUGCACCACUUUAGACCAGAGCCCUAUGGAGGGUAGUGCACCACUUUAGACCAGAGCCCUAUGGAGGGUAGUGCACUACUUUAGACCAGAGCCCUAUGGAGGGUAGUGCACUACUUUAGACCAGAGCCCUAUGGAGGGUAGUGCACUACUUUAGACCAGAGCCCUAUGGAGGGUAGUGCACUACUUUAGACCAGAGUCCUAUGGAGGGUAGUGCACUACUUUAGACCAGAGCCCUAUGGACCCUGGUCUAGAGCCCUAUGGACCCUGGACUAGAGUCCUAUGGACCCUGGUCUAGAGCCCUAUGGACCCUGGACUAGAGUCCUAUGGACCCUGGUCUAGAGUCCUAUGGACCCUGGACUAGAGCCCUAUGGACCCUGGUCUAGAGCCCUGUGGACCCUGGACUAGAGUCCUAUGGACCCUGGACUAGAACCCUAUGGACCCUGGUCUAGAGCCCUGUGGACCCUGGACUAGAGCCCUAUGGACCCUGGACUAGAGCCCUAUGGACCCUGGUCUAGAGCCCUAUGGACCCUGGUCUAGAGCCCUAUGGUCUAGAGCCCCAUGGACCCUGGUCUAGAGCCCUAUGGACCCUGGUCUAGAGCCCUAUGGUCCCUGGUCUAGAGCCCUGUGGACCCUGGACUAGAGUCCUAUGGACCCUGGUCUAGAGCCCUAUGGUCCCUGGUCUAGAGCCCCAUGGACCCUGGUCUAGAGCCCUAUGGUCCCUGGUCUAGAGCCCUAUGGACCCUGGUCUAGAACCCUAUGGACCCUGGUCUAGAACCCUAUGGACCCUGGACUAGAACCCUAUGGACCCUGGACUAGAGCCCUAUGGACCCUGGUCUAGAACCCUAUGGACCCUGGUCUAGAGCCAUAUGGACCCUGGUCUAGAACCCUAUGGACCCUGGUCUAGAACCCUAUGGACCCUGGACUAGAACCCUAUGGACCCUGGACUAGAGCCCUAUGGACCCUGGUCUAGAACCCUAUGGACCCUGGACUAGAGCCCUAUGGACCCUGGUCUAGAGCCCUGUGGACCCUGGUCUAGAACCCUAUGGACCCUGGACUAGAGCCCUAUGGACCCUGGUCUAGAGCCCUGUGGACCCUGGUCUAGAACCCUAUGGACCCUGGACUAGAACCCUAUGGACCCUGGACUAGAGCCCUAUGGACCCUGGACUAGAGUCCUAUGGACCCUGGACCAGAGUCCUAUGGGACACUACCUUUAAUGUCUGUUUAUAACUUAUAAGACAUUAUUAAAUAGCUUGUUAAUAAUUUAGUAAAUAAACUGUUUAUCAAUCAGUAUUUAUAAGUUCAUAUAUUUAUUAAAAUAAACUACCUAAUAAUGUUUAUAAGAGCUUAAUAAGCAGACAUAUAGUGUUAAUAAUGUGUGUAUAUUGAUACAAAACCAUGGCACUGUUCCUUUCACAAUUAUACACUCAUCUUUUGAUUAAAAUUACUAAAUAAAAUACAAGUUUUUGAUUUA